AUGCGUCCUGAGAUCAAGGCUGCUCUGCAUUUCAUCACCUUCCACCUGUAUAACAAGCUCCCCCGGAGACGGGUUGACCAGUUUGGAGAAGAGCUAGGACAGCUGCUACAGAAGAAAUAUGAGGGCCACUGGUACCCAGAGAAGCCUUUGCAGGGUUCAGGCUAUCGUUGUGUGCACCUUGGGGAGAUAAUAGAUCCUAUAGUGCAACUGGCAGCCAAGAGAAGUGGACUGACUGCAAAGGAUGUGCAGGCCAGUAUCCCUGCAGAGUUGACUGUGUGGAUUGACCCAUUUGAAGUUUCCUACCAAUUUGGGGGAGAAGGGCCAAUCGAGACUGUGUACCUGAAGGACAGUAGGGGUUGCAGCAUAGCAGACAAGAGAAGCAGAAGUGGGCUCAACCCUGAAGCCCAGGCGUUUGUCCCCACUAGAAGUCAGAAUACCGUUUUGUCCAGCCCUCCACCUCCAUCUUCUGGCCAGUCUCUUAGUCUGACCUUUACCGCCGUGACUUUUGCAGCUACCAGGUUUGGCUCCACUAAAGUGAAGAAAAGCCACAGAAAGUUGAGUUGGGGCAUUGUUCACCCAGCAAAUAAGAGGUUGGGAAGCAAGAGCUCGUCUAAGUAA